AGCGGGAGGCGGCCGCGGUGUUGGCAUUGGCGCGGCGGAGGGGCCUGGCAGACGCCUGGCACCCGGCCUACUUGGCCGCCCCAUGUCCACGGUCACCGGGCUGCCCUGGGCAGGGACCUGGUCAGUCCAUGGUCUUAACACGUUCUCACCGUAUCCACCCGGGCUCCCUGGCCAACUUGGGAAUCCUACCCCCACCUAGGGGAGCCCAAGCCCCCUCCCUCCAGGGAGAACAGGCAUCCGGCUUCCCAGGGACAGCCACCUGCGCAUCUGCAAGGGCUGCCUUCCCUCUGUCCUCUGUGGGCUCCCUCCCGGCCAACAUGUGGUCCCAAUUACUCCCGAAUUCCCCCAGAUUUACAACACAUUAAGUAAUUUGUAGGUUAUUUCAACUUCAAUCUGCUGAAGUUGAGAAAAUCAAAAUUAAAUUCAAACCACAAGGAAACUUCAAAGAAAGAGGAGGAAGGGAGAAGUUGAGUGCCUUCUUUUCCCCAGGUCGGCUGUGGCCCACUUAUGUCAUCCUCUGAGACUCCCAGCCAGCCCCCCGCCUGCCUUCCUCUGCCUCCCCUUCCCCACCUCGCCUCUCCCUCCCAGGGCCCUGGCCCCUGCCUCUGCCUGGGCAGUGCCCCUGGGUUGCCCCUCCGAGUGAAGACCAGGGCAGCCUCAGAGCCCGCGCUGGGCCCUGGUGGGUUUGGCUGGGGGAGAUGCGCCUCUCUAACCUCUAACACUCUCUGCUCCCACUCCCUGAGCCUCUACCCCUGCGGUCUGGGUGAUUCCUGGGCUCCAGAGCGUCUCUCUGCUUUCCUGAUCCAUUUCAGGGGAAUCUCCAAUGAACGGUGGUGCUGGUAGCAGCAGCAGUAGUAAUAGUGGUUCUCACUCCCGACAUGCCUGGGACGACUGACAGCUGGAUGAAGUGACACCCCCAGGGACAUCCCAGGAGGCUCUAGGACCCUCUUCGAGAGUUUGGGACCAAGGAGACGAGAAUGGAUCUUGGAACAGCUGAGGGCACCCGGUGCACGGACCCGCCUGCAGGGAAGACCGCCAUGGCGGCCAAGCGCAAGGGGGGCCUGAAGCUGAAUGCCAUCUGCGCCAAGCUGAGCCGCCAGGUGGUGGUGGAGAAGCGAGCCGAGGCCAGCUCCCACAACGAGGGCAGCCCGCCGCGGCCCCGGGACCAAGAGCGCAGUGGCCCCGAGUCUGGGGCAGCCCGGGCCCCCCGAAGCGAAGAAGACAAGAGGCGGGCGGUGAUCGAGAAGUGGGUGAACGGGGAGUACAGCGAGGAGCCGGCGCCCACACCCGUGUUGGGGCGGAUUGCCCGAGAGGGCCUGGAGCUGCCGCCCGAGGGCGUCUACAUGGUGCAGCCCCAGGGGUGCAGCGAUGAGGAAGACCAUGCAGAGGAACCCUCUAAGGACGGCGGUGCCCUGGAGGAGAAGGAUUCAGAUGGAGCAACCUGCAAGGAGGACAGCGGCCCCAGCGCCAAGCAGGCUCCAGGAGAGGCCUCCUCGCUGCGGGACUACGCGGCCUCCACCAUGACCGAGUUCCUUGGCAUGUUUGGCUACGACGACCAGAACACGCGGGACGAGCUGGCCAGGAAGAUCAGCUUCGAAAAGCUGCACGCGGGCUCCACGCCAGAGGUGGCCACCUCCUCCAUGCUGCCUGCCUCCGAGGACACCCUCAGCAAGCGGGCGCGGUUCUCCAAGUACGAGGAAUACAUCCGCAAGCUCAAGGCCGGCGAGCAGCUCUCCUGGCCAGCCCCCAGCACAAAGGCCGAGGAGCGCACAGGCAAGGAGGCGGUGGGCCCCCUGCCCGGCCUGCGGCUGCCCAGCAACACAGCGCAUCUGGAGACCAAGGCCACCAUCCUGCCCCUGCCGUCGCACAGCAGCGUCCAGAUGCAGAGCCUGGUGGCCCGGGCCUCUAAGUACGACUUCUUCAUCCAGAAACUGAAGACUGGUGAGAACCUGCGGCCCCAGAACGGGAGCACCUACAAGAAGCCCUCCAAGUAUGACCUGGAGAACGUCAAGUACCUGCACCUCUUCAAACCCGGGGAGGGCAGCCCCGACAUGGGCGGGGCCAUCGCCUUCAAGACGGGCAAGGUGGGGCGCCCCUCCAAGUACGACGUCCGGGGCAUCCAGAAGCCAGGCCCCGCCAAGGUUUCGCCCACCCCCAGCCUGGCUCCCGCACCCCUCGCCAGCGUGCCCAGUGCCCCCAGCGCCCCGGGGCCAGGGCCGGAGCCGCCUGCCUCCCUGCCCUUCAACACUCCCGAGUACCUGAAGUCAACCUUCUCGAAAACAGACUCCAUCACCACGGGGACCGUCUCCACUGUCAAGAACGGACUGCCCACAGAUAAACCAGCCGCCACUGAAGAUGUAAACAUUUACCAGAAAUAUAUCGCCAGGUUCUCGGGCAGCCAGCACUGUGGCCAUAUCCACUGUGCCUACCAGUACCGGGAGCACUACCACUGCCUCGACCCCGAGUGCAACUACCAGAGGUUCACGAGUAAGCAGGACGUGAUCCGCCACUACAACAUGCACAAGAAGCGCGACAACUCCCUGCAGCACGGCUUCAUGCGCUUCAGCCCGCUGGACGACUGCAGCGUCUACUACCACGGCUGCCACCUCAACGGGAAGAGCACCCACUACCACUGCAUGCAGGUGGGCUGUAACAAAGUGUACACAAGCACGUCCGAUGUGAUGACCCACGAGAACUUCCACAAGAAGAACACCCAGCUCAUCAACGACGGGUUCCAGCGCUUCCGAGCCACCGAGGACUGCGGCACGGCCGACUGCCAGUUCUACGGGCAGAAGACCACGCACUUCCACUGCAGGCGCCCGGGCUGCACAUUCACCUUCAAGAACAAGUGUGACAUUGAGAAGCACAAGAGCUACCACAUCAAGGACGACGCGUACGCCAAGGACGGCUUCAAGAAGUUCUACAAGUACGAGGAGUGCAAGUAUGAGGGCUGCGUGUACAGCAAGGCCACCAACCACUUCCACUGCAUCCGCGCCGGCUGCGGCUUCACCUUCACCUCCACCAGCCAGAUGACCUCACACAAGCGCAAGCACGAGCGCCGGCACAUCCGCUCCUCGGGCGCACUGGGGCUGCCGCCCUCGCUGCUGGGUGCCAAGGACACGGAGCAGGAGGAGUCCAGCAACGACGACCUCAUCGACUUCUCCGCCCUGAGCAGCAAGAACUCCAGCCUCAGCGCCUCCCCGACCAGCCAGCAGGCCUCCGAGGCUGGGCCCAGCACCACCAAGCCCCCCAACAGCAAGAUCUCGGGGCUGCUGCCCCAGGGCCUGCCCGGCUCCAUCCCCCUGGCCCUGGCCCUCUCCAACUCGGGCCUGCCCAGCCCGGCGCCCUACUUCCCCAUCCUGGCUGGCCGUGGGAGCACCUCCCUGCCCGUGGGCACCCCCAGCCUCCUGGGUGCGGUGUCGUCCGGGGCAGCAGCCUCAGCCACCCCUGACACACCCUCGCUGGUCACCUCUGGAGCUGGAGACUCGGCCCCCGUGGCUGCCGCCUCUGUCCCGGCACCACCUGCCUCCAUCAUGGAGAGGAUCUCUGCGAGCAAGGGCCUCAUCUCACCCAUGAUGGCCAGGCUGGCCGCUGCUGCCCUCAAGCCCUCUGCCACCUUUGACCCAGGAAGUGGGCAGCAGGUCACCCCAGCCAGGUUCCCCCCAGCCCAGGUGAAGCCGGAACCCGGUGAGAGCACCGGCACCCCAGGCCCCCAUGAGGCCUCCCAGGACCGCAGUCUAGACCUGACUGUGAAGGAGCCCAGUAAUGAAUCAAAUGGCCAUGCAGUCCCGGCAAAUUCAUCUCUUUUAUCCUCGCUUAUGAAUAAGAUGUCUCAGGGCAACCCGGGCCUGGGCAGCCUGCUGAACAUCAAGGCGGAAGUGGAGGGGAGCCCCGCCACGGAGCCCUCACCCUUCCUGGGCAAGGCUGUGAAGGCGCUGGUGCAGGAGAAGCUGGCGGAGCCCUGGAAGGUGUACCUGCGCAGGUUUGGUACCAAGGACUUCUGCAACGGCCAGUGUGACUUCCUCCACAAGGCCCACUUCCACUGCGUGGUGGAGGAAUGUGGCGCACUCUUCAGCACCUUGGACGGGGCCAUCAAGCAUGCAAACUUCCACUUCCGGACAGAGGGAGGAGCCGCAAAAGGAAACACAGAGGCUGCCUUCCCGGCCUCGACUACCGAGACCAAACCUCCCAUGGCCCCCUCAUCCCCUCCAGUCCCUCCUGUCACCACAGCCACCGUGUCCUCUCUGGAGGGGCCUGCCCCCAGCCUGGCCUCCGUGCCCUCCACCCCCACCCUGCUCGCCUGGAAGCAGCUGGCUUCCGCCAUCCCCCAGAUGUCUCAGAUCCCAGCGUCAGUGCCUCACCUGCCCGCCUCGCCCUUGGCAACGACUUCUCUAGAGAACGCCAAGCCCCAGGUCAAACCCGGAUUCCUCCAGUUCCAGGAGAACGAUCCUUGCCUCGCGACGGACUGCAAGUAUGCCAACAAGUUCCACUUCCACUGUCUCUUUGGGAACUGCAAGUAUGUCUGCAAAACCUCUGGCAAGGCCGAGUCCCACUGCCUGGACCACAUCAACCCCAACAACAACCUGGUGAACGUGCGAGACCAGUUUGCUUACUACUCCCUGCAGUGUCUCUGUCCCAACCAGCACUGCGAGUUCCGAAUGCGUGGGCACUACCACUGCCUCCGCACCGGCUGCUACUUCGUGACCAACAUCACCACCAAGCUGCCCUGGCACAUCAAGAAGCAUGAGAAGGCGGAACGGCGGGCAGCCAAUGGCUUCAAGUACUUCACCAAGCGCGAGGAGUGCGGCAGGCUAGGCUGCAAGUACAACCAGGUGAACAGCCACUUCCACUGCAUCCGGGAGGGCUGCCAGUUCUCCUUCCUCCUCAAGCACCAGAUGACCUCCCACGCACGGAAGCACAUGCGGAGGAUGCUGGGGAAGAACUUCGACCGUGUGCCCCCCUCCCAGGGCCCCCCAAGCCUGAUGGAUGCUGAGACAGAUGAGUGCGUGGACUACACCGGCUGCAGCCCGGGUGCCAUGUCAUCCGAGUCAUCCACCAUGGACCGGAGCUGCUCCAGCACCCCUGUGGGCAACGAGAGCACCGCGGCAGGGAACACCAUCUCCAUGCCAACAGCCUCAGGAGCCAAGAAGCGCUUCUGGAUCAUCGAGGACAUGUCGCCCUUCGGCAAGCGGCGGAAGACGGCGUCCUCCCGGAAGAUGCUGGACGAGGGCAUGAUGCUGGAGGGCUUCCGGCGCUUCGACCUCUACGAGGACUGCAAGGACGCGGCCUGCCAGUUCUCGCUCAAGGUCACCCACUACCACUGCACGCGCGAGAACUGCGGCUACAAGUUCUGCGGGCGCACGCACAUGUACAAGCACGCGCAGCACCACGACCGCGUGGACAACCUGGUGCUGGACGACUUCAAGCGCUUCAAGGCCUCGCUCAGCUGCCACUUCGCCGACUGCCCCUUCUCGGGCACCAGCACGCACUUCCACUGCCUGCGCUGCCGCUUCCGCUGCACCGACAGCACCAAGGUCACGGCCCACCGGAAGCACCACGGCAAGCAGGACGUGAUCAGCGCCGCGGGCUUCUGCCAGUUCAGCUCCAGCGCCGACUGCGCCGUGCCCGACUGCAAGUACAAGCUCAAGUGCUCGCACUUCCACUGCACCUUCCCGGGCUGCCGCCACACGGUGGUGGGCAUGUCGCAGAUGGACUCGCACAAGCGCAAGCACGAGAAGCAGGAGCGCGGCGAGCCGGCGGCCGAGGGCCCCGCCACCGGGCCGCCCGUCAGCCUGGACGGAUCCCUGUCGCUGGGCGCGGAGCCGGGCUCGCUGCUCUUCCUGCAGUCGGCGGCCGCCGGCCUGGGCCUGGCGCUGGGCGACGCGGGCGACCCCGGCCCGCCCGACGCCGCCGCCCCCGGGCCGCGCGAGGGCGCCCCCGCCGUCUCCACCGCCGCCGCCGCCGGGGAGUCCUCGCAGGAGGACGAGGAGGAGGAGCUGGAGCUGCCGGAGGAGGAGGCCGAGGACGACGAAGAUGAGGACGACGAUGAGGACGACGACGACGAGGACGACGACGACGACGACGACGAGGACCUGCGCACCGACUCGGAGGAGUCGCUGCCCGAGGCGGCGGCGGCGGAGGCGGCGGGCGCCGGCGCGCGGACCCCGGCCUUGGCGGCGCUGGCGCCCUUGGGUGCCCCCGGCCCCGCGCCCGCCGCCGCCUCCUCGCCCUAG